CCUUCCCCAAUACCUCAGAGGCCCGACAGAGCUUCUCCUUUGCCUUUGUUUCUGCAGGGAGGAAGCGUGAAGGAGUGAUCGUAGUAGGAGAAGGAGUUGCUGGCUCCUGAAGAUGCUUUAGAAACUGAAUUUCUGUGGACAGCUUGGGAUGCAACUCACGGACUUCUUAUAACGUCUAAAACUCUCUGCAGCAUUUCUCUCCCCUUGGGGUGACCUCUCCGGUCGUCCCGUUUUGCCUUGUGAAACUAUAAACCUUACUUCUGACUUUCGGGAGUGUGUGGGAACAUCGGACAAUGCUCCACCUGUGGUUGUUCCUGCUCCCCUGCCUGAGCCUUGUUCCUCUGGCCCCGGCCGAAAAGGGCCUGGACUUCCCGCAGUAUGACGGGAAAGACCGCGUCCUGGACAUCAACGACAAGAACUACAAGAAAGCUUUGAAGAAGUACAGCAUGCUUUGCCUGCUCUACCACGAACCCAUACCCGACAGCAAGGAGCUGCAGAAGCAACACCAGAUGACCGAGCUGGUGCUGGAGCUCGCAGCUCAGGUUACAGAAGAGAAGGACAUCGGGUUUGGAAUGGUCGACUCCCACAAAGACGCAAAGGUGGCAAAGAAGCUGGGUUUGGAGGAGCAGGGCAGUGUAUAUAUUUUCAAGGCCGAUCGGGUGAUCGAGUUUGACGGCCUCCUCUCUGCAAACACCCUGGUGGAGUUUUUGCUAGAUCUCCUGGAGGAGCCAGUGGAUGUGAUAGGAAAUGCUCUGGAGCUGCGGGCCUUCGACAGGAUGGAGGAAGAUAUCCGCCUCAUUGGUUACUUCAAGAGCGAAGACUCUGACCACUAUGAAGCAUUUAAAGAAGCUGCAGAGCAGUUCCAGCCCUACAUUAGGUUCUUCGCCACAUUUCAGAAAUCAGUGGCCAAGGAGCUGACUCUGAAGAUGAACGAGGUGGAUUUCUAUGAACCCUUCAUGGAGGAGCCCGUCACCAUCCCAGGAAAACCUCUCUCCGAGGAGGAGCUGGUGGAAUUCAUAACCAAACACCGACGACCAACCCUGAGAAAGCUGCGUGCACAGGACAUGUAUGAGACCUGGGAGGACGAUAUUGAGGGCAUCCACAUUGUGGCCUUUGCAGAGGAGGAGGAUCCUGAUGGCUAUGAGUUUUUGGAGAUCCUGAAGGAGGUUGCCAGGGACAACACUCACCUCCCUGACCUCAGCAUCGUCUGGAUUGACCCUGACGACUUUCCCCUGCUGAUCCCCUACUGGGAGAAAACCUUCAAGGUGGACCUGUUCAGACCACAGAUUGGAGUAGUCAACGUCACAGAUGCCGACAGCGUGUGGUUGGAGAUGGAAGACGAGGACGAUCUGCCCAGCGCUAAGGAGCUGGAGGACUGGAUCGAAGACGUGCUCUCUGGAAAAGUCAACACUGAGGAUGACGAUGACGACGAAGACGACGACGACGACGAUGACGAUGACGACGACGAUGAUGAUGAUGAUGAUGACGACAAGGAUGACGAUGAUGAUGACGAUGAUGAUGACGAUGAUGAUGAUGACGAUGAUGAUGAUGAUGAUGAUGAUGAUGAUGACGAAGACGACGAUGAUGAUGAUGAUGAUGAUGAUGAGUAAUUUAUAACAGUUAUAAAUCUUGACUCCUCAGUCUUUACUCUUUGGACUGAGUUAAACAUGGACUUGAAACAACUGUAAAGUAACUUUUCACUAAUACUGAAUAACACAACAUAAAAUGAAAAUAAUAAUAAAUGUUAUUUAAUAUUGAAAAGUCUAAAUAAGCCUGGAACAGGUUUUGGGAUUAAUAAUAAAACAUUUUAUAUAUUAAAAUGUCUGAACCAGACAUUUACUUCACAUUAUGUGACAUUAAUUUAUACAUUUCUAAAUGACUGUUCAUAAUAAAGAACUGUGGAUGUCAA